AUGCCUGAAUUUGACGAUUCGUUCCUAUUCGAUUGUGCGUCGUUCGAACGGAAAAAAUGGAAGACAUAUAAUCUACGCUAUCAUCCUUCUGGUGUGGUUCUCAAAAGUGCCAGCAAUCUCGACUCAUUUUUGCACGUCAACCAUCAGUCGGACUGUGAACCGUCUGCGGGCGGCUCAGACACAUUAAGGAAGGGCUUUUCGGGAUGUGCACGGGAGGAGGUGAUUCAGUCGGAAGCAUCUUCCCGAAAGAACACACGCGGAAAGGAGGACGCAUAUAGCUUUCCGAGCUUAAAAGGCCACCAAACCGGAAGCAAAAUGAAGCUGUUUGGUGGCUCCAAUUCAUCCACCUACGACGUGUUCCAAAGAGAGCAGGCGAGCCAGCGAGUAUCCACGGUGCCAGGCGUUCAACAGUUCCAGUACAAGCACCAGAUGGACCUAUUAGCAGAUGACGAUGACGCUUCAAGAUACGAUAGCACCGGAUACUGCACAUCAGGAAAUAGUAGCGGUAACAUCGGUCUCACGUCCACGCCCGUCACGAGCGCACGUAACACGAGCGCGGCUAGCAACAGUGGAGGUACCGGAUCAGCAACAAGCACACCGACGAUUGGUGGAUGCAACGAUCAAAACAGCAGUGGCAGUGGGACUAACACCAUUACUACACCCGGCGCACCGGGUUCGUCCGGUCAUAAGGGUAGCAUACGAGGCAAUAAGCUGGCUCGCCGGGCGCGCUCCUUCAAGGACGAUUUCUUAGAGAAGAUAUCACAGAUCCGCACACCGACCAACACAAUGACAAGAUCUCACUCACCAAAUAGUCCACGGGGUGGGAAUGGAGCUGGCAGCGGCAGUGGUAACUCUGGCGGUUAUGGUAGCCGCAAAAGUACCACCGAUGAACCAUCGAAACCGGUACAGGAUCUCAACUAUCAUGUGCGACAGGUGAAGAAUGCACUGACACACUUCAAGGACGUCAUACUAAAGAACAAGCUUGAGAUGUUACCGGGCAAUGGUACGGUAGUGCUGGAAUCCAUUGCCAACGUCCACACGGCCCUCCAAUCCUAUACAUUGAAUGAACAGAGCACAGCGUUCAUUAACGCCACCAAUCACGUAUACGUCUCACUUGGCAACUUGCUGAAACUGUGCGACGAAGUGCUACUGACCAAGGAAGGCGAUGACUGCCCAUCGUUAAGCAAGGAGAAUGUGAAGGAAGUCGUCGAAUUGGUGGAAAACGCCGUCAACAAUCUGGUCAAUCUGGCGAACGAAAAGCUAUCCGAUCGCAAAGCUACCGCAUCCGCAGGCAACGUAAGUGUAGGUGGCAAAAUGUCGUGUAAUGCCUCUGGCACGAGCUCAAACACAUUGCAACGACCAACGGUGGAUGUGGUGAGCCAACGUACGUCUCUGCCAGACAUUCCACUAACACCACGUGAACGUGAUAUCCUCGAACAAACUUCCCUUAAGACAGUGCGUACAUCACACAGUACAGAAAGCAUCUUGCGUGAUUCGAGCCCUCCUCCGCCACCAAAGCCACCGCUACCGGAUCGAUCGCAAGAACCACCCCCUCCGUUACCACCAAAGAGGAAGAGUCAGCAUGCCAAGAAUCACUCCUUCCAUGACACAACGUCAUCUGACUGUAACUCAACCGAUUCUACCAUCUUCCAUUUGGGUGGUGGUGGAAGUGGAGGAACCGGCGGCACCAGUGGCAGCAUCGGACUAGAUCGGAUGUCACUAAGAUCCCGUUCUCCGGAAGAUAACUGUAGUCUGCUCAGUGCUAGCGCCGGCUCAUUAGAUUCCGCUCUGAAUCACUCGCGCGAGGAAGAUGAACUAAGAGCACUUACGAGCUGCUCUUCCCACGCUAGCGCACCAGCCGCCAGUCUAGGUGGAUUAGUAAUGCUCGGCGCUGCUACUAGCAUCCAACCCUGGGAAGAAACCGCGAAUCUGGCCGGUUUGCCGCAGAACAGCAAUAACAGUCUGAAUCGCAACUCGAACGAAUCUGGGUUCGAGUCCAUGUAUUCGUUGCGUGUUAGCCGAGAUCAACAACAGCAGCAGCAGCAAAUGGUACAAUAUCAGAGUACAGCCGCAUCCGUCACGACGCAUCACCACCAUCAGAAAAGUGCCAGCUCGUCAUCCUCGUCAUCUUCUUACGUACAUAAGUCUGAAUCUAUCGUCGACGGCAUGGCGGCAGUCGUGAUGACCACUGGCAAGGCUUCCGUGCAACAACAACAGCAGCUUCACCUGCAACAGCAUCACCAAUCACAUGUACUUCACCAUCAGCAGCAGCAACAACAACAGCAUUUUCAUCAGAAAAUUGAUACAAUCAUCACGCAACCGAGCGACGAAGGUACAACAUGUUUAAAAGGAACCGAACUCGCCUGUUCGGCAUCGUUAACAUCGACCGUCACCACUUCUAGCAGCACCAGCCUGUCGAAGCUGCUUGUACAGGCACCCAGUAUAGAUGAGCUCGGGAACGAUGACGUAUUUCCACGUCCAACUGGUUCUUCAACCGAUAAGCCACCCGCGCUACCGGUUAAGACACGCUCACACAGUAUUAAGCGAGACCGUCAUCCAUCACAGUACGACAACGUGGAUGAGAUUGACCUAGAGCGAAGUUCGCAAGAUUCGUUCGGUCAGUGUCCGAUGCAAAACUCGCCAUCAUAUCUGUACAAUCGACAACAGAUGUUCCACAAUCUGCCGAGCAAGCAUAUCAGCCUAAUUGAACCGCGACACAUGAGCCGAUUCCAGGAAGAACCACCUCCGCUUCCAAUAAAAAAGAAGCAUAUAAUGGCUUACAUGGAGAUCUUUGGUAGUGCCACCCAGAACCAAUCAGAAUUUAUGCGCCAUUCGGUGCAUACGUACAAUUUGGCCCACUCCGAACAGGUAUCUACCAGUAGUACCACUAGUAUUUCGCACAGUCAAACAAUGAGUCUUUCGCCUUCGCGCAUUGCUCCUGCUACGGUGUCACCACCAAACUCACCAAAUAUUAGCGUAAAACCACCCGCUCUGCCACCGAAGCGCCAGCGCAUCAACAGCAAAACGCCUAGCAUUGCAUCAACACCUCCUGCCAGUCCAAAAAUUUUCCAAGAUCAGCACUAUCAACUGCAGCAUCACUAUCAUCAGCAACAGCCAGUUCCAGCUGAAAUCAACACAUCACCCUCACCAUCAACGUCGUCUAUCGUGUCUACACAAUCUGGAGCUGGGCUCAAAUUAUCUGCUGCCUGCAAUCAAAGCUUGCUAGAUGUCAAACCAUCGAAGGUAUCGCAAGGCUCCCAUUCUCCGGAUGUGGAAGUAUCCGCUACAUCUGCGCCUGUUACUCCCACUUCUUCCACCACUACCACUACUGCAACUAUCGCUUCGGCUGGUGACGGUGUCUUUACAACCGGUGCAGCGACAAAGAAAAAUGCUUACAGCAAUAACUCCCCUAACAGAAGACUUGACGCUGAACACCCCAAUACAGAUGAUGAUUAUCUGCAUCUCUGUGACGCCACUACUGAAAAUCCAGCUACGGCAGCUGGGGUCCUGUUUUGCUCUUCCGCCUCCAACAAGAAUCUCGCUACCAACGUCACUAGCCGCAGCGGUGGCAGCAACACACUAGUCAGUGUCGUCAACCACGGUCACGGCAAUAAUAGUAGCGGUAGUAGUAAUAAUAACGUUGAAUCUAGUAGUUAUUUAAACGAUAGCCAUAGCAAAGGUAGAACUAGCAGCAGUAGCGGUGGGCUGUCAGUAUUACCAGCCAGCGAUACAAUCUACGAAUCUACGUCCACUACACUACCGACUGGCGACAACAACAGCAAGGAAGGGGACGAGGUUGAGGUCAUACUUAGACGGAAUAAUAAUAAGAACGGCAUUGCUAUUCUGGAACAGCAGCAACCCCUAAACCUGAUGGAAGAGCUCGAUGUGAGCAAUUAUCUGGUGUUUAAAAAAGAAAACGAAGAUGGUCCAGAUGUGAAGGGGGGCCAUCCGGAUGCACUAAUCAUCCAUGCUACCAGAGUGCAAAAAAAUUCCGACGCUUACGGUGAAGCAUUCAUCACCACGUUCCGCACAUUUAUCUCGCCACUGGAACUAAUCCAAAAGCUGUCCCAUCGCUACACUGUGUACCACUGUCAGAUAAAUGAUGCCAAACAGAAAGCCGCCAAAGAAUCCUUUUCCCUUCUAGUACGGGUGGUGAAUGAUCUUACCACGCCGGAUCUAAGCGAACGAUUGUUGGUAAUAUUAAUGAACUUUGACUAUCAGCUGGUUAGUGCCGGACACCUUACCAUGGCCAAAUUGUUGCGGGUGAAGCUAAUCGAGAAGGCCCUCAUCUACAAGCAGAAGGCGUCACUAACCAUACCAACGCUUUCGUCGCGAGCGCUCGUCGCUCAACCGCCGACGCUGCUCGAUCUGAAAUCGGCUGAAAUAGCCGAACAGAUGACGCUGCUCGAUGCAGAACUGUUCCAAAAAAUCGAAAUACCGGAAGUGUUGAUAUGGGCGCAGGAACAGUGCGAGGAACGUUCGCCAAACUUAACACGCUUCACCGAGCACUUUAACAAGAUGUCGUAUUGGGCUCGUACUCAAAUACUUUCGCAAAAUGAUGCCAAAGAUAGAGAGAAACACGUGAUUAAGUUCAUCAAAAUAAUGAAACAUUUGCGGAAGAUCAAUAACUACAACUCGUAUCUGGCACUGCUGUCAGCAUUAGAUUCCGCUCCAAUUCGAAGGCUGGAAUGGCACAAAACAAUAACGGAAGGUUUAAAGGAGUACUGUGCACUGAUCGAUUCCAGUUCCAGCUUUCGGGCCUAUCGGCAAGCAUUGGCCGAAACGAAUCCUCCCUGUAUUCCUUACAUUGGGCUCGUGCUACAAGAUCUCACGUUCGUUCAUAUUGGCAAUCCGGACUUAUUACCGGACGGUGCAACGAACUUUUCGAAACGUUGGCAACAGUAUCACAUUGUAGUGAACAUGAAGCGUUUCAAGAAAGGGUCUUAUCCGUUUAAGAAGAAUGAACGGAUCAUUGGUUUCUUCGACAACUUCGAGUACUAUUUGGACGAGGACGCGAUGUGGCAAAUUUCAGAAACGAUCAAACCACGUGGAUCACGCAAAACUAAUGUCAAUUAGUACAGGCUGAACUGUUUGCGCGGGAGUAGCGAUGAGCGGCA